GAUGAGCAGAAUGGCAGGGGAGGAGGAAAGUGGGGACCCGCAGUGCUAAUAUCACUGAUGACUGUAUUGCCCUGUGUAACCUGCUGCACCAGGCCAGAUGUGUUUCUGCAGGUCAUCACCGAAGAUCUUUUACCAGCAUGCCCUGCUGAUCUACUUAUACAAACCUUUUCUAGGAACAGGCAGAUGUCCCAUGGGGGCUGAUGGCACUGACCAAAAGAUCAGAAUGCUGAACAUUCAGAACGCAGCUUGGGGCAGCCGUCAAGACUGGUACCAGGAUAACCUGGUGACCGGACCGCCCAAUCCAGAUAGUUGCCAGCAGUUGGACAGCAGUCUAGACUCAGAACACCAGACCGGAGCAGUAAAUGAGGACCUGGAUGACUCCCAGAUCCGGCUUCAACUGAAGCGGAAACUUCAGCGUAACCGUACAUCCUUCACUCAGGAGCAGAUCGAGGCAUUAGAAAAAGAGUUUGAAAGGACGCACUACCCGGAUGUCUUUGCCAGGGAGAGGUUAGCUGCAAAGAUUGAUUUACCUGAAGCACGGAUACAGGUUUGGUUCUCUAACCGAAGGGCAAAAUGGAGACGGGAAGAGAAACUACGGAACCAGAGACGUCAAGCGGGUAACGCUUCCAGUCAUCUUUCAAUCAACAGUUCAUUCUCCAGCAGCGUUUACCAGUCCAUACCACAGCCCAGCAGCUCAGGGUCUAUGCUGAGCCGGAGUGAGGCAGCUAUAACCAACGGCUAUGGUUCCCUACCUCCUUUGCCGAGCUUCACUAUGCCAAAUAACCUCCCCAUUCAGCCGGUAACCAGCCAGACCUCUUCUUAUUCCUGCAUGAUACCAAGUCCCUCAGUCAGUGUCCGCAGUUAUGAUGCCUAUACACCGCCUCAGCUUCAGUCCCACAUGAAUAACCAAAGCCUUGGAUCCGGCGCCAGCGGCUCCACAGGACUAAUUUCUCCGGGCGUUUCUGUUCCUGUCCAAGUCCCAGGAGGAGACCCCGAUCUGGCCCAAUACUGGCCUAGACUCCAGUGAAGAACACAUGACUCUGGUGGAUGGGAAUGGAUUGAGAGGAAUACCUCCGCAUAGGCUUAAGUGCUGGAAUAGGCCGUAAACGCAGGGGACAUCUACCAGAUAAGCAAGUGAUUAGGCCACACUUACUUUCUACCAUUCUAUUCCUGAUUUUAUAUAAAGACAGAAUAUCAACAACAUAACCUCAGACCCCGUUAACAAAAUAUCUUAUUGCAAGAUAUGCAAGGUUAUCCGGACAACAACGGUUUCUGGGCUCUUAACUUCGGAAUCCGGGAAUAUUAUUACAAGUCUGUAGCUGUUAACAUUCUGUAUGCAGAUAGGAGGGGAUCAUAUGAUAGCGAUGUGAACAUAAAUAGAUUGUUUUUGCUGAGACAAGCCCUAUACAUUCACAUCUCUGCUCAGAAGUGCGUCUGAAGACUUCCUGGAGUUCAUUUUACAAAUUGUGCUUUUAGGCUCUUUUCUAGAUUUCCUUUUUAAUACCUAAAAAAAAAAAAAAGAGGAAAUAAUAUAUGUAAUGCUUCAGAAACCUCCACAGCUAGACUAUUGCCAGCACUACCCUGUGUAAGAAGUAGCUCUUUACUGGCGUGUUUGCAGUGUUGUAUUUACCCUAUGGUGCCCAGUAUAAUAGUUAGAUUCCUCCAUUUUUCUUUGAAAGAGAUCCGCAUGGCUGGCUGAUAAUAUCCGUCAAUACCCUUGCAGCACUUCCCUCUGACAACUCCUUGUCAUCCUUGGGCCAGACAAUUAAUUUAGGAAUUGAUGGUUUAAAUACUUCACUGGAAGAUGUGACAUCAUUAAACGGCAGCAAAUCCCAUUGCAACAAGUUAUAAUGGUCCGUAACAGUUCACUAGCACCAGGACUAAACUACCUGUGUUUAUUUUGCUGCGGAAAAGGAACAUCUAGUGAUUUGAGUGCAUUUGGAAAGACUAUUUCACUCCAAUUAGCAUUUUAUUUUACGUUUCACGUCUUUAUCGACUCUUCUAGUAUCCAGUGUCUUAGUAUCCAUUGUUGGUAUUUUUUACAGCUGUGUUCUGAAAAGAUUUAUGUUUGAUGAACAUAUUUAUUUACCAUUAUUUUUUUUUUGUAUAUAGUGCAUAUAAUAUUAUAGUGUACUGCACACAGACUCAUCCAAACACAUUUGCCGUGCUCAAUGAAGUUGACGGUUCCUGGGGCACAAAGUUGCUUGUCUACGAUACCAAGGAUGUCCCACCUGGUUGGAUUCACACUGUCCAGCAAGUUUUGUUAUGUGGUCACCUCCCCUACAUGUUAAAAAAUCUACUCUUGAACGUUCCAUUUUAGUUCUUGUAUUUGGUAGUAAAUACUUUUGAGAAAAUAAAUUAUCUUUAACAGG